AUGGCGACUUCUGAACCUAUAAACGCAAAUCCCACGGUACUGGAUAUCUCACAGCUGCCGACGAGGCGUAACACCGCAUUCAAAGGGCCUGAUAGUUUGGGAUUUGAGAAUGAUGACCCAGCUUACUCAUUGUCGCUAUUUAGACCAGAGCUCCUAAAGAUUCCUGACGAAAGAUUUUCAGAUACCUACUCUUAUUCAGAAAACGAUGACAGCAAGUCUAUUACAUCGGAAUUCUCAGAACCUCGAGAGCCUAUUGAUUCCCAAGAAAUAUAUGAUCUUAUUUCCACUAUUUCGGACCCCGAGCAUCCGUUGACAUUAGGCCAGUUAGCAGUUGUCAACCUUCCGCACAUAACAGUCUCAGAUUCAGGAAAUCCUUAUGAAAUGGCUGAGGUUAAGGUUGAGAUUACUCCUACGAUCACACACUGUAGUUUGGCAACUCUUAUUGGGCUUGGGAUUCGUGUUAGAUUAGAACGAUGUUUACCACCGAGAUAUAGGAUCACCAUCAACGUUCGCGAAGGAACCCACCAAAGCGAGGGCCAAGUAAAUAAACAACUGAACGAUAAAGAGAGAAUUGCUGCUGCAUGCGAGAACGACCAGCUGCUGUCGGUUAUUUCAAAUAUGCUGUCGACUUGCCGCUAA